GGUAGUUGCUUUUUUUUCUUCGUUCCAAGCUUACUAUAGUCGCCAUGUCUGGAAGAGGAAAGCAGGGAGGCAAAGCUCGCGCCAAAGCUAAGACCCGAUCAUCCCGGGCUGGUCUUCAGUUUCCUGUUGGUCGUGUCCAUCGCCUUCUUCGCAAAGGCAAUUAUGCCGAGCGAGUUGGUGCCGGUGCUCCGGUAUACUUAGCUGCUGUGCUCGAGUACCUGACUGCCGAAAUCUUGGAGCUGGCGGGUAACGCUGCCAGAGACAACAAGAAGACCCGUAUCAUUCCUCGUCAUCUUCAGUUGGCCAUUCGCAACGAUGAAGAGCUCAACAAACUGCUCGGCAAGGUUACCAUCGCUCAGGGCGGCGUCCUCCCUAAUAUCCAGGCCGUGCUGCUGCCAAAGAAGACCGAGAGUCACCACAAAGCUAAGGGCAAAUAGAGUGUCUCUGUCCGUUCUUUAGGACGUACUUUCCUUGCCCUUCUCUAUUAAACCAAAGGCUCUUUUCAGAGCCACGCA